UUUAUUUAUUAUCAAGUGGUUAUAAAAUAAAAGGAAAGAAGAUUGGAUCUUUAUGUGUAUAUAUAUGUUGGUUUACCCCCAAUCUGUUCCCAUCUCCAUCUCUUGUUUAAUUCUACACUUUUCCUUGUAUUUGUAUAAUGGAGGAUGAGCUUUAUAAGGCUGCAGCUUCAGGUAACACUAAUUUGUUCAGAGAAAUAUUGGGAAGAAAUGGAAACCAACAUCUUCUCGACGUGUGCAAGUUCGGUUAUUUUGGUUGUAGCAUCCUCCAUGUGGCUGCAAAUAACGGGAGUAUCGAUAUCGUGAAAGAGAUUCUUCAAAGAAAUCCGGGUCUUUCAGAUGCAUUAGAUUCAAGAAACUGGUCAUCCCUUCACCUAGCCUUGGUUAAAGGUGAUAUUGAAAUGUCAAAUGAGUUGCUAUCUUGUAACCGAUAUGUAGCUCGGUUCAAGACUUCCAAUGGCGAUACCAUUCUACACCUUUGUCUAAAGCAUGGUCAACUGGAGUCCAUGAAGCUACUCAUGAAUAAAAUCAAUGACACUGAAUUCGCGAAUCUAACCGAUGCUGAAGGCAGCACUGUUCUGCAUCUAGCCGUAAUGCUUAACAAUCCUGAGGCUGUGGCGUAUUUGAUUGAAAAAAAAAGAGUGAAUAUAAACGCCGUGAAUACAACUGGGAACACGCCACUAGACAUCGCAUUACAGUGCGAAGAUUACACAAAACUAAGAGAUGCUAUUAUACGAUAUCUAAAGCAAAACGGGGCUAGGACUAGCAAGCUUAUAAAUCAAGAACGGUGGCUAGGAGAGAAGAGGGGAGUUCUAAUGGUGGUGGCAUCGCUCAUAGCAACAAUGGCGUUUCAAGCAGGGGUUAGCCCACCAGGUGGAGCCUGGCAAGACAACACGUUUCCACAUAGAGCGGGAGAAGCAGUUAUGGCGUAUAACUAUCCUGACUCGUACCCUUAUUUUCUUCGGUUUAACACUAUUGGAUUUAUUGGUUCGUUGAGCACAAUCUUGUUGCUACUUACGGGGUUGCCUUCAGGGAAGAGACAUGUAACGAAGCUUCUGGUGGUGAUCAUGUGGGUGACUAUUUCGGCGAUGACAGUUACUUAUGCUUUCUCGAUUACGGUUGUUACACCGAAAGUACAAAGGUCUUCGCUUACUUAUACUAUUGUUGUUGGAGUGUUGGUUUGGGCAAGUGUGAUGGCGCUACUUGUACUUUGGCAUGCAGUUCAUUUUGUCUUAGAAAUGGAGAAGCCGAAGGUAUGUAUUAACAUACUAGGUUAUAGUAGAAUACUAGAACACCGAAAGGAGAAACUUCUUUCAGUUCAACAAUCGGUUUGAAGAGGAGGCCUGAAACUCGAUUUGUCUUUGAUUUGUUUUCUUUUAUUUUAUUUUUAUGCUUGUAUUUGAUGCUUAUAACUCUUUAUUACAAUGUAUAAAUGCAAUUUGCAGCCAAAAAAAAAUUUGUUUAUUGCUCGGUAGA